AUGAAGUGUAUGUUUCUCUUGAUACUGUACUAUCAGCCAGAUUUGUGUCAUGGCAAGUAUGUCACGGCCAGUGUGUCACAACCAAUGUGUCACAACCAGUGUGUCACAACCAGUGUGUCACAACCGGUGUGUCACGGCCAGUGUGUCACAACCAAUGUGUCACGGCCAGUGUGUCACAACCGGUGUGUCACGGCCAGUGUGUCACAACCAGUGUGUCACGGCCAGUGUGUCACAACCAGUGUGUCACGGCCAGUGUGUCACAACCAGUGUGUCACAACCGGUGUGUCACGGCCAGUGUGUCACAACCUGUGUGUCACGGCCAGUGUGUCACAACCGGUGUGUCACGGCCAGUGUGUCACAACCAAUGUGUCACAACCAGUGUGUCACAACCAAUGUGUCACAACCAAUGUGUCACAACCAGUGUGUCAUGGCCAGUGUGUCACAACCAGUGUGUCACAACCGGUGUGUCACGGCCAGUGUGUCACAACCAGUGUGUCACAACCAGUGUGUCACAACCAGUAUGUCACAACCGGUGUGUCACGGCCAGUGUGUCACAACCAGUGUGUCACAACCAAUGUGUCACAACCAGUGUGUCAUGGCCAGUGUGUCACAACCAGUGUGUCACAACCGGUGUGUCACGGCCAGUUUGUCACGGCCAGUGUGUCACAACCGGUGUGUCACGGCCAGUGUGUCACAACCGGUGUGUCAUGGCCAGUGUGUCACAACAGGUAUGUCACAACUGGUGUGUCACAACCGGUGUGUCACAGCCAGUGUGUCACGGCCAGUGUGUCACAACCAGUAUGUCACGGCCAGUGUGUCACAACCAGUGUGUCACAACCGGUGUGUCACAGCCAGUGUGUCACAACCAGUGUGUCACAACCAGUGUGUCACGGCCAGUGUGUCACAACCGGUGUGUCACGGCCAGUGUGUCACAACCGGUGUGUCACGGCCAGUGUGUCACAACCGGUGUGUCACGGCCAGUGUGUCACAACCGGUGUGUCAUGGCCAGUGUGUCACAACCAGUGUGUCACAACGGUGUGUCACGGCCAGUGUGUCACAACCGGUAUGUCACAACUGGUGUGUCACAGCCAGUGUGUCACAGCCAGUGUGUCACGGCCAGUGUGUCACAACCAGCAUGUCACAACCAGUAUGUCACGGCCAGUGUGUCACAACCAGUAUGUCACAACCGCUGUGUCACAGCCAGUGUGUCACAACCAGUGUGUCACAACCAGUGUGUCACGGCCAGUGUGUCACAACCGGUGUGUCAUGGCCAGUGUGUCACAACCGGUGUGUCACGGCCAGUGUGUCACAACCGGUAUGUCACAACUGGUGUGUCACAGCCAGUGUGUCACAGCCAGUGUGUCACAGCCAGUGUGUCACGGCCAGUUUGUCACAACCAGUAUGUCACGGCCAGUGUGUCACAACCAGUAUGUCACAACCGGUGUGUCACGGCCAGUGUGUCACAACCAGUAUGUCACAACCGGUGUGUCACGGCCAGUGUGUCACGGCCUGUGUGUCACAACCAGUGUGUCACAAACAAUGUGUCACAACCGGUGUGUCAUGGCCAGUGUGUCACAACCGGUAUGUCACAACUGGUGUGUCACAGCCAGUGUGUCACGGCCAGUGUGUCACGGCCAGUGUGUCACAACCAGUAUGUCACAACCAGUAUGUCACGGCCAGUGUGUCACAACCAGUAUGUCACAACCGGUGUGUCACAGCCGGUGUGUCACAACCGGUGUGUCACGGCCAGUGUGUCACAACCGGUGUGUCACGGCCAGUGUGUCACAACCAGUGUGUCACAACCGGUGUGUCACGGCCAGUGUGUCACAACCGGUAUGUCACAACUGGUGUGUCACAACCGGUAUGUCACAACUGGUGUGUCACAGCCAGUGUGUCACAGCCAGUGUGUCACGGCCAGUGUGUCACAACCAGUAUGUCACAACCAGUAUGUCACGGCCAGUGUGUCACAACCAGUAUGUCACAACCGGUGUGUCACAGCCAGUGUGUCACAACCAGUGUGUCACAACCAGUGUGUCACGGCCAGUGUGUCACAACCGGUGUGUCACGGCCAGUGUGUCACAACCGGUGUGUCACGGCCAGUGUGUCACAACCGGUGUGUCACGGCCAGUGUGUCACAACCGGUGUGUCACGGCCAGUGUGUCACAACCGGUGUGUCACGGCCAGUGUGUCACAACCGGUGUGUCACGGCCAGUGUGUCACAACCAGUGUGUCACAACCGGUGUGUCACGGCCAGUGUGUCACAACCGGUAUGUCACAACUGGUGUGUCACAGCCAGUGUGUCACAGCCAGUGUGUCACGGCCAGUUUGUCACAACCAGUAUGUCACAACCAGUAUGUCACGGCCAGUGUGUCACAACCAGUAUGUCACAACCGGUGUGUCACGGCCAGUGUGUCGCAACCAGUAUGUCACAACCGGUGUGUCACGGCCAGUGUGUCACGGCCUGUGUGUCACAACCAGUGUGUCACAAACAAUGUGCCACAACCAUUGUGUCACAAACAGUGUGCCACAACCAAUGUGUCACAACAUAUUGUGUCACAAACAGUGUGUGACGGCCAGUUUGUCACGGCCAGUGUGUCACAACCAGUAUGUCACAACCAGUGUGUCAUAUAA